AUGUCGUGGACAGGGUUCAAGAAAAAUGUCAACCGUGCAACUACGCAGAUGAUGAUGAAGACCGGUCAUGUGGAAAGGACUAAUGAUCGCGACUAUGAGAUUGAGGAGCGACGGUACCGGACUAUGGAGGCUGCUGCAAACCGGCUGCAAAAGGAAGCAAAGGGGUACCUGGAUUCGCUACGAGCUAUGACGGCGUCGCAAAUGCGCAUCGCAGAAACCAUCGAUGCCUUCUAUGGUGAUGCCGGUACCAAGGACGGUGUGAGCCGAAGUUACAAGCAAGCCGUCGAGGAUCUCGACGCCGAGACCAUCAAGGCCCUGGAUGGGCCAUACCGAACCACGGUGCUCGACCCGAUCUCACGGUUCUGUGCCUACUUCCCCGACGUCAACGAAUGCAUCAAAAAGCGCAACCACAAGCUCCUGGACUACGACGCCAUGCGGGCCAAAGUGAAGAAGCUCGUCGAGAAGCCCGACAAGGACGUCACCAAGCUGCCCCGCACCGAGCGCGAAACCGAAAUGGCCAAGCAGGCCUACGAGCAGCUGAACGAGCAGCUCUUUACUGAAUUGCCCCAACUCAUCGACCUGCGUGUGCCCUACCUCGACCCCAGCUUCGAGGCUCUGGUCAAGAUCCAGCUGCGCUUCUGUGCCGAGGCAUAUUCACGUAUGGCCCAGGUGCAGCAAUACCUCGAGGCUGAGACCCGAGAUCAAUACGCCCGUGGUGAUUUGGAUAAUCGCGUCGAGGAGGUGCUGCAGGAGAUUCGGGAUCUGAGCAUAGCAGGCACGGUCUGA